CCUUAUACUUUUAUUCGAGCAGUCUGUUCAAGUUGAGCAUACAGGCGGAAAACCCACCCCUAGUUUGAACUCCCCUGCAGACGGAAAAGUGAAAAUCAACAAAUACUCGCAAAAUGUCUGGUCGUGGUAAAGGUGGCAAGGUGAAGGGAAAGGCAAAGUCUCGUUCGAACCGUGCUGGUCUUCAGUUCCCAGUCGGUCGUAUUCAUCGUCUGCUGCGCAAGGGCAACUAUGCCGAGCGUGUCGGUGCCGGCGCUCCUGUCUACCUGGCUGCCGUGAUGGAAUACUUGGCCGCUGAAGUUCUUGAGUUGGCAGGCAAUGCUGCCCGUGAUAACAAGAAGACGAGAAUUAUCCCUCGCCAUCUGCAGCUGGCCAUCCGCAACGACGAGGAGUUGAACAAGCUGCUCUCAGGCGUCACCAUUGCUCAGGGUGGAGUCUUGCCCAACAUCCAGGCCGUUCUGCUGCCCAAGAAGACCGAGAAGAAGGCAUAAAUGUUCCA